CAAUCGGAAUUUUUUUCCCACCGUGAAACCUGUUGAUGUCCAAAGUCAACAGACGCUCAAUAUGUUGAAAAAAUAAGACAAAAAUCGCGCUCAUACCAUCGCGGGGAGAGGAUCAAGUCAAACCAGUGUCGCAAAGCGCGUUUUUUUGCUUUUGCUUUUUUGCACCUCGCUGGUUUAUGGUCAGUCAUUGGCCGGGGUUUGAUAGGCAUUAAAGUCGGCGCGUGAUUGGUUAAAAAAGGGUAGUUUUUCGCAAGGCGGCGUUGAAGUUUUUUUUUGGGGUUGUUAAGUGCUAUUGUGUGCGAUAGAUUUUUUUUAUUAAUGAUAUUUGCAUUGUCGUGAUCCUGGGAAUAAUUCUAUAAAAAAUGACGGAGGGCUCUUCUGAUUUGGAGCUGCGUAGAAGACAGCUCAAGUCACAACAAUCGACUCUACAAACUAGAAAACAAAAUGCCGUAUGUGUUCGUAGGGCAUACAAAAGAUAUGGUACCAAGAGCCAUCCCUAUGUCAUUUUGGAUGGGUUAAAUAUGACUGUACCAAAAGGUUGUAUAUAUGGACUGUUGGGGGCCAGUGGAUGUGGAAAAACCACCCUUCUCAACUGUAUAGUAGGAAGAAAAAGACUGAAUUCGGGGGAAAUAUGGGUACUAGGGGGGAAACCAGGUUCCAGGGGCAGUGGGGUGCCUGGGCCCAGAGUUGGAUACAUGCCCCAGGAAAUUGCGUUGUAUGGAGAAUUCACCAUCAGAGAAACUCUUAGGUAUUUUGGUUGGUUAUCUGGGAAAACUACCCAAGAAAUAGAGACUAAACUGGAGUUUCUGGUCAAUUUUCUCAUGCUUCCUGAUGCUGAAAGACAAGUCAAGAAUCUUAGUGGUGGUCAACAAAGAAGGGUAUCGUUUGCCGCCACCUUGGUUCAUGAACCCGAGCUCUUGAUUCUGGAUGAACCAACCGUAGGAGUUGACCCAGUAUUGCGUCAGAAUAUAUGGAAUCAUUUGGUGGACAUAACCAAACACGGCAAAACCACUGUUAUUAUCACCACUCAUUACAUCGAUGAAACCAGACAAGCCCAUUUGAUCGGACUGAUGCGUGGAGGCUACUUCCUGGCAGAAGCUUCUCCAGAACGCCUCAUAAGCCAGUUCAACGCAGAGAGUCUUGAAGAUGUGUUUCUCAAGCUCAGUGUGAUCCAAAACAUGGGAAAAAGAAGACGAUCCAGUGUACUACAAACUGUAACAGACACUAUUCCUAUUCCUGCAGGAGCUGUCAACGAUGCUGCAGUUCUGGAUGACGAAGUUGGAGAAAUAUCUGGAGAAUUUGGUGAUAACAUCUCUAUAUCGAGUAGGACAAACAGAAGGGUAUCCAUUGCUCCAGAACCCACAGCAGAAGAAAUACCGUCGGAACUACCACCAGACGAAGACACGGGCUUCCGAUUUCGCGAUAUGCUAAAAGUUGUCAGUUUUUCCCACAUGCGGGUCAUGAUGUGGAAGAAUUUCUUGUGGAUGUGGCGGAACAUACCCAUUAUGGCGUUUAUUAUAGGUUUACCUGUUGGACAAACGAUUCUAUUCUGUAUAACGAUAGGACAUGAUCCAAAAAAUGUUCCUCUAUCAAUUGUCAACUAUGAAAUUGACUACCCUAUGGAACGAUGCCAGUAUAAGUAUGGUUGUAAUGCGUCACACUUGAGUUGUAAUUAUUUCCAAUAUAUUGCCGAUAAUUACUCUCUUGAUUUGACGUACUACGCCACUGAGGAAGAAGCCAGAACGGCAGUGGUGAAAGGAAAAUCGUGGGCAAUGUUAGUUGUGCCACAUAAUUUUUCUGAUUCUCUGCGGUCCAGGAUAGAAUUGGGAAAGGACACUCCAGCUUGGGACCUGGAAACGUCCAAAAUCCACGUCACUCCAGACAAAUCAAAUGAAAAUAUCGCAACGUUCGUGACGAGGGAUUUGCUCUUUGGUCUGGAAAGUUAUGGACAGGCUUUCUUAAAGCAGUGCGGAAUUGACCCUAAAGUUUUUGGAAGACCUAUCAGAUUUGAGAAGCCGAUAUAUGGAUAUGGUCAGCCAGACUUUACAGAUUUUGCAGCUCCAGGAUUUAUUCUUACGAUCAUCUUUUUUAUGGCUGUAGCUUUGACUUCAGGAGCUAUGUUGCUAGAAAGAAACGAAGGAAUUUUGGAAAGAUCUUUGGUCAACGGUAUAACAGCAACAGAAAUGUUGUUCUCGCAGGUACUCACUCAAUUUGUGGUGAUGUUUGGACAAACCACCAUGGUACUUAUUGUAGCCUUCCCCAUAUUCCACCUCACACAAAACGGAAGCUGGUUACUGCUGUUUACUUUGACCAUAUUGGGAGGUUUAUGUGGAAUGUGUUUUGGCUUUGUUAUUGCUUGUACCUGUGACACUGAAAGAUCAGCUACGUACUUAGCCCUUGGUAGUUUUCUUCCCAUUGUGAUGCUGUGUGGCAUUAUAUGGCCCAUUCAAGCCAUGAGCCCUUAUUUACUGUGGAUCACAGACUUCUUGCCCUUAACUCAAGCCACAGAAAGUCUAAGAUGUGUGAUUGCCAGAGGUUGGGGUAUUGAGGAUCCAAUAGUCUAUUCCGGAUUUCUAUCGUUACUUUUGUGGAUUUUCAUAUUUUUAACAAUAAGUCUUAUCACACUUAAGUUUAAGAAGGGUUAAUAGGUUUUUUUUUUAUUAAUUUUAGGUAAAUUUCAACAGUGUGAUACAUUCUUGCCUUAGGUAUUCGUUAUUGUAUCAGUUAGGAUCUAUUUUAGACUUUGUUUAUUGUAACUUUGCGUACCUCAUUUUUGUAUUUAAUAAAUAAAUAAUUUAUUUUAACA